GGAUGUAAACGGCGUUCAGUCGGUGUGAGCUCCGGGCGCGCGCGCAGUGGUCCACCUCCUCUCGGCCGAAGCGGUUCUCUUUCACGUGGUAACGACGCACGAGCCACUUCAUCGUCUGGAGAGGACAAUGUCUGCUGCGGGACAACCUUCAGGCUAAUUGGUGUGUGCGUCUCGGGGGGACGUCAUAUUUUUAUUUUUUAUUCAAAGUCGGCGACCAUCCCGACUUGACCCUGGGGAAGGACUCUGCAGUGAAGGGUCUUCCACCGACAAUCACACACACACACCGGGGGAAGUCACACACACGCACUCUUGGUUACACACGCCGAGACGCAUCCGUGCAGACACACACACACACACACACACUCGCACGCAGGACCCCUGAGCAGGAUGAGGCAACCCUGGAGGUGCCUGCUGGCCCUGUGCCUCCUGGCGUGCUGGGCUUCCGCCCACAGCGUCGCCAAUCCCUUCGCGGGGCAGCAGACCCCGCCGGACCCUUGCUACGACGACACCGGCGCGGCCCGCCGCUGCAUCCCCGAGUUCAUCAACGCCGCCUUCGGCCAGGACGUGGCGGUGUCCAGCGCGUGCGGCCGGCCUCCGUCGCGCUCCUGCAGCGCGGUGGAGCGCGGCGACCAGCGGCCCUCGGUGCGCACGUGCCAGAUCUGCGACGCGGCCGACCCUCGCCGCGCCCGCCCCGCCGCCUACCUCACCGACCUGAACUCGGCGCACAACCUCACCUGCUGGCAGUCGGAGAACCUGAACACCUCGCCGCACAACGUGACCCUCACCCUGUCCCUCGGCAAGAAGUUUGAGAUCACGUACGUCAGCCUGCAGUUCUGUUCCCCGCGGCCCGAGUCCCUGGCCAUACACAAGAGCAUGGACUACGGCAAGACCUGGGUGCCCUACCAGUUCUACUCCUCCCAGUGCCGCCGCAUGUACAACCGGCCCAACAAAGCAUCCAUCACCAAGCAGAACGAGCAGGAGGCCCUGUGCACCGACGGCCACACCGACCUCUACCCGCUGUCCGGAGGACUCAUCGCCUUCAGCACGCUGGACGGACGGCCCUCCGGCAAAGACUUUGACAACAGCCCCGUCCUCCAGGACUGGGUGACGGUCACUGACAUCCGCGUGGUCCUCAGCCGGCCCCAGAUGCCCCGGGAGCUGGGGCCGGGGGCCGGAAGCAACGGCGGCGGGAGGGACGACGACCCCGUGGCGGUGACAACGACGCUGCCGACUUAUUUCUAUGCGGCGGGAGACUUCCAGGUGGGUGGGAGGUGCAAAUGCAACGGACACGGCUCGCGCUGUCUGAAAGACAAGGAAGGCAAACUGGUGUGUGACUGCAAGCACAACACCGAGGGACCCGAAUGCGACCGCUGCAAGCCCUUUCACUACGACCGGCCCUGGCAGAGGGCCAAUGCCCACGAGGCCAAUGAGUGUCUGCCGUGCAACUGCAACCUCCACGCCCGCCGCUGCCGGUUCAACAUGGAGCUGUACAAGCUGUCGGGGAGGAAGAGCGGCGGCGUCUGCAUGAACUGCCGCCACAACACCGCCGGACGCCACUGCCACUACUGCAAGGAGGGCUUCUACCGAGACCUGGCCCGACCCAUCAGCCACCGGCGAGCGUGCAAAGCCUGUGACUGCCACCCUGUGGGCGCGGCGGGCAAGACGUGCAACCAGACCACCGGCCAGUGCCCCUGCAAGGACGGCGUCACCGGCAUCACCUGCAACCGCUGCGCCAAGGGCUACCAGCAGAGCCGCUCGCCCGUGGCGCCCUGCAUCAAAAUCCCAGUGGUCAUCCCCACCGUGGCGGUGAGCAGCACAGAGGAGCCAGCAGAUUGUGAGUCCUACUGUAAACCGGUGAAGGGCAACCUGAAGAUCAACAUGAAGAAAUACUGCAAGAAGGAUUACGCGGUGCAAGUGAACGUGCUGGACAUGGAGACGGUCGGCGACUGGGCUAAGUUCUCUGUGAACCUGGUGUCGGUGUACAAGAGCCGCGGCGAGCCGCUGAAGCGCGGCGCCAGCGUCCUGUGGGUGCACAUGAAGGACCUGGCCUGCAAGUGUCCCCGCAUCCAGAUGAGCAAGCGGUUCCUGGUGAUGGGCGGCGGCGACGGCGGCACGGGGGCGGGUCCCGGGGGCGGUCCGGGGGCGGAGCCCGUGGGCCUAAUGGCCGAUAAGAACAGCCUGGUGAUCCAGUGGAGGGACGUUUGGACGAGGCGCCUGAGGAAGUUCCAGCGCAAAGAGAAGAAGGGGAAGUGCGGCAAAGCGUGAUGGGAGAGCGGCGAUCCUCCCCCCCCCCCAUCCUCCCUCACCCCCCGUCUCCCCAUCACAGGAACAUCAGACAGACUGCAUGUCCCCGACCUGUUUUAAGGACCACGUUUUGUGUAUAUUGUGUAAUUAUUUUCCCUUUUUUUAUUUUUCACGGUUUGUCUUUAUGCCGGUUGUCUUUUUUUGUUUCUCCAACUGGUUUGCCUUAAAAAGGGACCGUUAAAAAGGGUUUGAAGUGUAGACGAACGCAGACGCCAUUCCCUCCCUCGACGACGACGGCAGCAGAGAUGUCCACUCGACCCCACCCCCGCUGCCCACGACCCCCUGACCCCCACCGACUGUCUCCUGCCACUCUGUUGGACAUAAGAACACUCCACACACUUCUGAGGAUUUUAUUCCACAGUGUUGUCGACGAGCUGCUCCUCUUAAGCUCCUCCUCCUCCCGUUUCAACUCCAUCGACGUUUGCCGUCGAUCGGCCGACUCCUUCAGGUCUCUGCCGUGACGUCUGCGGACUGUGACGUUGACGCUCUGGUCCCGUGAGGAGCCGAGGACCCCCGGACCCCCGUAUGCGGGGGACGGUUUCCACAGCGAACCUCAGCCCCCCCCCCCCACCACCACCACCACCACCGCCGCCCUCACAGAACUCUUGUAUCUGCGAGUGUUUGAUGCCGCUGCUCAUCGUAGAGUUUAUAUGUUUUUGUGUGGCUACUUUUAUCUCAUCCGACCAUAACCCACCUCGUCCUUGAGAGAUAUCCUGUUGUUUCAUUUGAGGCAAAACAAACCCCGGGAGCAUGUGUGAGUAACAUUCCAGCCCCCCCCCCCCCCCGGACUGUCCUCUUCCCCACUAGGCCCUGGUUUAUAAAGUCAUGCAUCACCAUCAUGACUCGUUGCUUGGCACUUUUUUUCUGCAGGAAAGACGAAGCGUGUGGACGACUGUCUGGAAUGUCGGAACAAUACCAAUAUAUCCACAGAGACUUUUUGUUGUUGUUGCUUUAUGGAUAACGUCUUCCGCUGGGCAGCGGCCUUCCAGAUGUUGCCGUGUGUCACUCGUCUGUAUUUAAACCGUCUGAACAUUUUUCUGAAGGCGUCCCGUGACCGGCAGGCUUCUGUUUGCCGAAAUAAGAGAUGGAAACGAGAGUUCCUUUUCAUGAAGUAAAAAGAAAACGGUCGGAUAAACAACCGAAUUGUGUUUUUCUCGAGCGUAUUUUGACAAAAUGAAUGAGGCUGGAAAGUUUUUCGUGCUCCCCGAUUGUAUUAUGACACGAGAGGAUCAGAUUUCAUUCCUCAUGGGCUCUGUUAUGUUUGCAUGUUUGUGGUUUUUGCUGGUCCAUCAAAACCUCGCAGCGAAGAACCGAACUAGCAUGAGCACAGGGAUCCAAAGCAAAACGUCCCAAGUUAUCUCCCCACACACACACACACACACACACACACAGGCCCUGUCAUCCUCUGCCAAAUAAGCAUAGUCCCGUUUUUUCAAUUCAAUUAAGAAACGAUGGAAGUCGGGACCAACAAAAACCACAGAGAGCCCUCUGGUUGCUCUCAAGCUUUUUAUCUGCCUCUUUUUUUUGUUGCUGUUAUUUCAUUUUUGUAAAGCACAUUACGAUUUAUUUAAAUAGAGUACAAGAUAAACAGCAGGUUUGGAGGGGGCGCAUCCAGCCGGCAGUGCGUGUGCGGAUCGGCAUGUCGUGCUCGGCGAGCGGUGGCGCUCCUCUGGCCGCGGCGGUAUGUUUGGUUUGUCAUCCUCCUCAAAGUGUCUCUCCUCUGCUCUCUUUUUCUUCUGUCAGCCACCACCCUCCCCCAAACUCCCCCCCCCCUCUUUUUUUAACCCAUUUGUGCAUGUUGUGUAUUCAGUGUCUUUAGAUAAGUGUCGGCCGAACCCCCUCCGGGGCGUACGCCACUGCACCAGAGCUCCUGUUGUCAGAAUGCAUGUCCAGCUGUGAAGAACACACAAUCAGACCGCACACCUCACACAGGUGUGCGGUCUGAUCGUAAGCGCUGAUGAAAUGACGUCGCCGAGCGUAAGAGUGUGGACCUCGGGACAGCAGAGGCCGGUGUAACUCUGAAGGAAUGUCGAUGGGUGUUGUGGAUAUUCAUACUUAUCUGUCUCCUUAAGGACAUUUAGAUUUUCUACUCUCCCCCAAAAAGAAACCCGUAGCCAAAAUUCGAUAUAAAAAGAGCAACGAAGGUCAAAAGAAGGCCGGCAGGUUGCACGGGACACGAUUCCCACCGUUGGAAUUUCGCAGAAAUGCAGAAGCAAAGCGUCCAUGAUGUGCGUGUUGGCCGUCAGACGGGUGGCGCCCUCGCCGCGGCGUGAGGACGGCGUGACUCUGAUCGACGGUCGCGGCGCGGGCCGGCGAGGCCUCAUGGCGCUCUGCUCAACGCUAGAAGGAACUGUGGCGUCCUUAACGCUCGGCGUAGAAAAGAAAAAAGCGCCCACCCUGACUGUUGGAUCACAGAUGAGAAGUAAGAGGCCAGAUGUUGUUUGUUGGGGUGAAGCGUCGUCUUGUGGACGCUCUUCAGAGCCGUCCCGUUGCUUUACGGUCACAAGCUCAGCAGAUUGGCGGUGGAGCUCCGGCCGUAACGGCUUUGCUCUGUUUCAUCCCGGCAUGGCAUUCACAGGUGUGUGUAAUGAACCAUACCAUGUAAAACAAGUGUGCACAGUGAGAGAGGUGAGAGCUCUCGGCUGAAGGCAGACCUCCUCGACUUCUCCCCCAGUCCCGGUUCCCAUGUCUUCCCGGUUCACUUCCAGUCUCGCGGUUGUUUAAUAAGUCUUGACAUUUUUUUUUCCGAUGUUGUAAAUACGUACCGAAGCGCGUUGUGUUUUUGUGAAGCGUCACUCGGCCUCGGAUGAUUCUCGUGUGGAUGUAGGAAGCAGGUGAUGCUCUCCGGUCUGUGGAAACCAGGAACAUGCGUCUGUGAUCACGGCCAGAAGAUUACGUGGUUCAGAUAUUACAGUGUAUUCAUUUGGGGGGGGGGGGGGGGGGUUAUACGUUUACAGACAACCGCCGCAACUGUAAAUGACUUUGAGGAUGGAUGGCCGAGCGGAGCGCCACCUCCUCCACUCGGUCCUGUGAUGCUCACUCACACACGGUUCACUGGAGGGAUCCUUCCCUCGCUCCGCUCUUCACUUCUGGUAUAUCAAAGUCUUCCUUGUACAUUUUGUUUUUCUCUGAGGCGAUGAACCACUGACUUUUUAAUCUAAAUGAUAAAAAAAUAAAUUAUUAGUUAAUGA